AUGAUAAAGAAAUUCUUUUACUUUAAAUGCUUUAGAGUGCUUGUUGAAGCAUUAUAUAUUUAGAAUUUUGUUACUACUUAAAUAACGAAUAAUGAAGGUAGUUUAUCAUGAUUAAUAUAGGAUGGAAAAUCUAAUCUCCUUAUGGUGGAGCUACUGCUCAAAUAACUAAUUGUGCAGGAAACAUAAUUUUCGGAGGCUAUGAAGUAUUUGGAUGUUUUUCAGCUACAAGAACUGAAAUAAUGAAAUAUUUUAUAUUGCCUCCUCAUUAUAAUUUACGUAUUGACAUCAGACUCUGGAAGUUUAAUAUUAUUUAAUAUUAAGAAUUGAUGAUUGGCCUACAACCUAAAAUUUUAAUAUAAUUGCAGAUUUAGGAUCAGAGAGUUGGCAUUAUCUAGCAAAUACAGGAUCAAAUAUAUGUGGUGGUUCUGGAACAGAGUAAAAUUCUGCAGUAUCUCUCAGUAAUCGGCAACAUACAUUAAAUUCAGUUAUUGUCAGACUUUCAUCAGAUUGUAAUAAUAAUGUAUUUAUAAAAAUAUUUAAAUGUUAGAAUUUUUGGGGAAUUACAGAUUUCAAAUUAACAAUAUUUGAAUGUUACUCAGGGUGUUAAUUUUGUCUAGAUUCAACUGUAGAUUGUAUUAAGUGGAUAUUAUGGGAAUCAUACUUUGAUUUGUAAAAUUUAAACAAUGGAUAUGAAGGUUGGAUAAAGAAUAGUUUUCCAGUGUUUUAAUCUAUAAUUAAUAAUAAUUGUAAACUUAUAAAUGAUAUUUAGUUUAAAUAAAAAUGCUGGGUAUAUAUUCAGGAGAAUCAGCAAUCAAUAAUUUUAUACUUCCAGAUCAUAGAGCUUUCAUUAUUCAAUUUAGAGUUGAAUAUCUUUCAACUUUACCAUAAACAUUUAGAAUUUAUUUAAAUAAUUAAUAUCAAUUAGAAUUUAUUAGUAAUUCAAGAAAGUAUGUUGAUUAUAGAAGUGAUAUAAUAAAUGAUUCAAGAAAUUAAAUUAAAUUAGAAAUUAGAAGUAUUAAUGGUAAAAUAUCUAUUCGUGAAUUUUAAAUAAUUCUUCUAGGUCCAAUAAAUUUAAUUUCAUGUAUUGAUAGUAAUUUAGAGCCUUUUGAUGGCUGUUUUGCUAAACAAGAAUCAUGUUAGUAGGGAUGUAUAUUUUGUGUUAAAGGAGAAUGCCUUAUGUGUGAUACUUAGUGGAUUUAUAAUGAAUUAAAUAAUAGUUGUGAACCUUUAUGUGGAGAUAAAUAUAUUAUAGCAAAUGAGUAAUGUGAUGAUGGGAAUGAUUCUCCAUUUGAUGGCUGUCAUUAAUGCCAAUUUUCAUGUCCUUUAAAUUGUUAAAAUUGUAUAUUUGGUGAAUGUUAAGUUUGUAUAACAGGUUACUAUUAUUCUAAUGGAAUAUGUAAUCAAAUUUAUCAAAUUUUAUCUGAAGAAAUAGAACUGAUAAAUAAUAAUAAUCUAAAAGGAAAUUAAAUUUCUUCAGCUUAUUAUGGUAAUAUAAAUUUAAAAUAAAUUGAUACUUACUAUUAUGAAAGAUCAAUAUUUGUAAAUGAAUUGGAGAUAUUUUAAUUUUAAUGUAAACCUUUUUGUUAAGUUUGUAUCUAAGGAAAAUGUAUGAAAUGCUUAGACAAUUAUUUAUUAUUAAAAAAUUAAUGCAUCUCUAGGAUUACUAAAGGAGUACUAAUAAUUUAAGAUGGAAUUCAUAUGGGUAUAAAUGAAAUCGGUUGUUAUAAUUGUUAUGGGAGUUGUCAGAUUUAAUGUCUAUAAUGUUUAAACUCAUAUUGUAUAUUAUGUAUGGAUGGUUGGUAACUUUUUAAUGGAUAUUGUGUAUAAGUUUGUGGAGAUAAUCAAGUUGCUAUUAUAUCUGAAGAAUAAUGUGAUUCAAAUUUAGAAGAUUGCUUAAAUUGUAAUGUUCUUUGUCCUUAAAAUUGUUAAUAUUGUUAAGAUACAAAAGAAUGUUUAGUUUGUAAUGAGUCUUAUAUAAUGAUAGAUCAAGAAUGUUAAUUAACUUGUAAAAAAGAGUGUAAAAUAUGUGAUAAAAAUAUAUGUUUAGAUGAUUAUUCAAAUUAAGACAUUAAUAUUGAUGAAAUUUAUAAUUCAGUUUGUGGUGAUGGCAUUGAAUAAUAAUAAGAGUAGUGUGACGAUGGAAAUAAUAUCUAAUUUGAUGGAUGCUUUAAUUGUCAAUAUUCAUGUCCUCUUAAUUGUGUAAAUUGUCUUGAUGGUAUUUGUUUUGAAUGCGAACAAGAAUUCUAAUUAAUAGAUCAUUAAUGCUAUGAAUAAUACUGUGGCAACGGUAUUAAAUAUUAAGAUGAAUAAUGUGAUGAUGGCAAUAUUAUUGAUGCUGAUGGCUGUUCUUCUAGUUGUAAAAUAGAAGUUGAUUAUAAAUGUCAUGAAAAUUAUUAUGGAUAAUCUGAAUGUCAAUAUUACAAAUCUCCUUAUAUGA